UCAAACAUCUCAAAAAUGUCUCUUAAAUAUUUGACCAAUGUUAAAACAAACUGGCUCAAAGCACGGGAUGUUCGCUCGGCUUGUUUCGUUGGAAAAGAAGCACUAGCGGUAGGCAUGGGAAGCCAUAUUCUUCUGAUGAACGUUAUCAGUAAACAGGAAACAUUCUACCGGGCUACGGAUCGUACCAGCGGUGAAGGCGUAUCUUGUCUGGCGGGACACAAAAGUUUCAGCAUUUUCGCCUUCGCCGAGUGUUGUGUAUGCCCACGUAUUUUCAUCGUCGCUUAUCCGGAUAAUUCCGUUUUGUUUCUACUGGAAGGAGAUGGAAAAGCCUUCAACUAUGUAUCCCUGUGCUUUUCGGAAGGUGAAUAUCUGCUAGCUUUGUGUGGCAUUCCUGACUACAGCAUUGAAGUCUACGUUUGGAGAAAUAAAGAGAUGCUUAUCAAACGAAAGACUGAUAUCAAAACUGACAAACAAUCGCUAAUGUGUAGUCCGGCUUCUACAGUAACGAUCUGUCAGGUAGCCUACAAUCAAGCGUUGGUCACUUUGUGGGAAGUUCAUGGAAAUGUACGGAUUUCCCGGCUUAUCGAAAAAAACGUGAAACUUCCGUUUGGUAAAGAGGCUGCCCCUUUGGAUACUACAUUCUCUAUUGACGGAACACUAAUGGUAAUCAAUAAGUGGGGAAGUGUAUACAGUUUUUCAGCUACAACAGGACUACUGAAUCAUAUUAUCAAACCAAUGGAUGAACCAGGUAUACUGGCUCCUCUUAUUUUCUACUGUAAGGGUGGAUUAUUUCUGAGCAAUCCCAAUGGAAGUGUUUGUUUCUACAAGCGUCAAAAAGGAACCUGGAAUCAACUGUGGUUAACGAAGCCACCGGAAACGUACUCUCUGCUGAUGCUUUACUCAGCUAGCGAAGGACUUUAUGGCACAACGGUUGGCGGCAACCUCGUUCGAACGAUGGUGGAUAACGAUCUUCGAAACGUGGACUUUAUACCAGUAAAGGAGUUUGAUUGUCAAUUCACAAACCUUGUUGUGCUGAGUCCUCUUGGAGAGAGCUUGAUUGCAUGUAAUGCAUUAAAUGGAUUGAUUGCAAUCAAUGUGAAAACCGGAGCAAGAAUCUCCGAAUACACUGUACCUGAGAUGAGCUGCAUGGUUGAGAACCCUAUGUAUCCUUUCGUAGCUGUUGGAACAUGUAAUGGAAUAGUUUUACUAGUAUCAUUUAUCUGCCCCGAAGAGCCCACCGAGCUGACUGCUUUCCACUUAAGUCAUGUUGCCAUUACCUCAAUAAGAUUUUCCACAGAUGGCUCAUACUUGGCUGCAUUUGAUAAGCAACAGAACGUAUUCUUCAUUAAAGGUGUUCCCGGAUCAACGAUGGAUGUCAUACAACAUUAUAAAGGCUCAGAAUUUCAAUUUCAGUCCACAUUCAAUGUCAACGAAAAUGCCAUUUCGAUAAUAGGAAUGCUUUCCGAAAGCGGGAUGGGACAUACUCGUAAAAUAAUCAGAAUUACUAUUUCCUUACAUGAUGGCAACCGUCGAGAAGAAAUAGGCUUUUCCCCAAAAGAGUAUACUCAGCUAGAACGAAAAACUGACGGCUCUGCAAAAUUGUAUGCCGUUUGUCUUCUAACCAAUGAAAUAGAUGUAUUGCAGUUGGAAAGCGAAGGCGACGGAAAGUUGAAUGUGCAAAUUUGCUCAACAUUAAGGGUGAAACAUCAAGUACCAUAUUUUCAAAUCAACGUGGAUCAGUUUCAUCUCAUCACGUGGAGCAUCGACGGAUUGGUCAGUAUCUACGACGCUGGAUCGGAUAAAUUGCUGGCUUACUUUUUAGGUCACGAUCGGACAAGACUUGGAAUCAAACUGGCUAGAUGUGACCCUCUGCAUCAAUACAUAUUCACCCUUGGCCACACAGGAUGUUUGGUUUGUACAAAAAUGCACCGCAGUGCAGCCAACGUUGAACGAUACAACGAUUUGAAGCUCAGCCUCGAAACAGACGACGUGAUUGCGAUGUUUCAGAACCCAACAACUGGUUUCAGUCCGAAAGGAUUUACCUUUACCCGAUGGAUUGACAUGGAAAGGAUCAGUAGACUUGAAAGUGAAAAACUUCAGUUUAAACCAGAGAGACUCAAGAUAUUGAAAGAUUUUAAAACCAUUAAAAUGAAACUUAGGCAAUUGUUGGACAACAAUGAAUCUGCUACUGAAGAGCAACGCAUCCAAGUUCAAGCAUUUAACCUGAAUGCGGCAACCACUGAACAAUUGAAAGCAAAAGCUAAAGUAGAGCGGGACGAAGAGCAUCGUAGAUUGUUAAGCUAUAUAAUUAAACAAAAAAAGGUAAACGAAAAGAUUAUCCAGAAAUGUUGGAAAAUCAUGGAACGGAAACCGGUCAAAGUGAGAUCAAUUUUCACCAAGCUUGCAGUGGAAAAUUACCCCUCUCUUCCAAACGAGCGCAAUGAAAGCUUUCUGGCGAAGAUGACUGUCUAUCGAGAAACCGAACUCAUGGCAAGCCAUGAUGCACUGCUUCCAUGGAAACCGACCCCAACCUAUCAGCUGGAAUCCAUAUUGAAUCGUGAUCCUGAUUAUGGGAACGUGAUUGAUGUAUUAUCACGUGCCGCUAUGAAAAAACAUACCACACUCACCGGUACCACGACACAUCUAUACAUGGAACCAAUCUCGCUACGCUUUGAACAGCUUGAGGUGGUCACCUUCGAACAAUUGUACUUUGAUAAAGUUUAUGGAAAUAUUCAAAUGUUGCAGCUCAGAGAUUUAUUCAACCAAAAAUUUGAUGCAUUGAAAGCACUGAAGGACAACGAAAUGGAUGUCGUAUUGACGAGAAACAGCCGCUUACGGGUCAUACAAAGUGAACUCAAAAUUAUUUUAAAACUCUUGGAAAUGCCACAACCUAACCCAGAAGAAAUAGUCGAUCCUAAAUUCCAGUCGGACGAGAUCCCGGACACCAUUGUUAGGAUAGAGAAUCACGAAAUUUCCGUAGUACCGUAUCUGACGCCUAGCAUGGAAAAUCUACUCACGCUAGAGAAAGCAGAGAAGGAACGACGACAACGGGAAUUGAUGGCAGAUGACUUCAAGGACCGUGCUCUAAUGGUGAUGAUGGAUGGAGUACUGGAGCACCGAUGGGAAGAUGAAAUCAAGAAAACUCCACCAGUUCCACAUUGUUUGGAAACGGGUAAAGACCCCCAGUACUACAAUGAGACGGAUAUCCGUGAAGUCAAGGAAUACGAAGAGCAACUCGAAUGUCUGUACAAGGAACGUAUGCGCUACAAAAAGAUCCUCGAGGUGGAAAAAGUGGAAAUAAUCGAAAACUUGGAGGAUCAAAUAAAAAAAUUCAACACCAGAGUAGGUGAAUGUCUGUUGGAGAAAAUUCGAAUAGAAGCCGCUAUUAGAGAGGAGGAAAUGCGAAUCCUAAGAAACACGUUCUACAACCAUCAGCGACUCGUUUACGAUCGUAUAGCGGAGAUGUUGCGAGAGGAAAUUGAUGCCACCAAUAAGCACAUUGAUGCCCUGACUGAAACCAUGUGUGAAAUCCAAGAUAAGGUUAACGAUUACAAGAAUACCUAUGAAUCACUGAAUACCAAAGACCGUCUGCUGGACAAACAGUUCAAGAUCAACUUUUCCGAUACUGCCCAAUCGGCGAUUAUCGAUCAAGCUUAUAAAAUUUUCAAGAGGCGCCCAAAGGCACAACUGAGAGCCGUAGUCAGCGUAUCGAUAUUCCAAGAUUUGGCCAAAAGGAUCACGGCAAAGAAAGCAUCACAACAGAGCAAUACGCUCUUGCCGCAAGAAUGCGUGGAUUAUCUUGCCGCUUGUGAUAGUCUGGAUCAAGCAUCGAAUUGCCCUGCCGGAAUGGAUACCAAUCUGUGGCAAACGCUUUGCAAAAUGAGACGCAUCAAGAUGGAAAGUGAAUUUCGGCUCAAAAGUUGUGAAAUUCAGUUGGCAGAUUCAGAAGCAGCGUUGAAUGCAUUCCAAAAAGAAAUCACUUCAAAGCGCAAUGGAUUAUCAGUACUGGAAACGAAACUACAUGAUCUACUCAAUGAGAAGUUUGAAGAGUCCACCAACAGAAAUGUCCAAGUCGUGAUGAAACGAGGUCUUAUUGAAGUUCCCAUGUCGGGAAAAAUGAUCGAUUUCAACAGUUGCAUACUCAUUCAUCGUACCGAUGUGGAUGACAUCAACGUCGUAAUUAAACGAGCUGGUUCGAAGAAACUGAAAGCCAUGGUAAAUGCAGCUCAGUUUAGAAGAAAGAUUAUCGCCCAGGAAUGGGACCACAAGGCUUUGAAAUUGAAAAUACGCGAUCUGAAAGACCAAGUGAAAAUGAUUGAAAAAUGCAAGAUAACUAAGGAAGUGCAGGAUUGGUUGAAGCGAAAAGAAAUGGGUGUAGUGGAGGAUCUUGGCCAGUUGGCUUUGGAGCGGGAAAUCGAAAACACAAUCUACGCCCAAGAAAAAAUGCUGCAAGAAGUCAAAAAGUCGGUCGAAGAAUUAGAAGAGAAGAUCAACGCUAAACGUAAGGAGAAUAAAUUACUUGACAAACAAAUGCAGGAGCUGAAUGUGGAUGUUACUGAGCAACAUCUGCAGAAGGACUCCGAACUGGAAGAAGCAGAACAAAAAGCCACACAGGCCAGAAUGACGGCAAUCAUCGAUCGCGCCCGAUGGGUAAGGCUAGUGCAGACUCAGCACGCACAAAUUUUGGAACUUGGAACAAUGCUGGAAUUGCAACGUUUGAAAACCUAUCCCACGCUGACAGCUCCCCCGGUUCUCGUUGAUCCACGGCACUUAAAUUAAAAAA